AUGUUCUUCCGCGUUGCAGCUCGCCAGGCUGCGCCUCUGCGCCGCCAGGCCUUUGCCCCUGUUGUCCGCCGUUCUGUGACUACCGACGCCGCGUCGUCGCACGCCGAGAACAUCCCGCAGGAAGAUGACAAGCCCUUCACCGUUCACCUCUCCGAUGAGAGCUUCGAGACCUACGAGCUCGACCCUCCCCCAUACACCCUGGAAACCACUAAGGCCGAGUUGAAGCAGAUGUACCGCGACAUGGUCACAAUUAGACGUAUGGAGUUGGCUGCCGAUCGUCUGUACAAGGAGAAGAAGAUUCGUGGUUUCUGCCAUCUGUCUGUUGGUCAGGAAGCUGUCGCAGUCGGUAUCGAGCAUGCUAUCAACCGCAAGGACAAUGUUAUCACCUCUUACCGUUGCCACGGUUUCGCCUUGAUGCGCGGUGCUACCGUCAAGUCCAUCAUUGGUGAGCUGCUCGGCCGCCGUGAAGGUAUCGCCUACGGAAAGGGUGGUUCUAUGCACAUGUUCGCCGAGGGCUUCUUUGGUGGUAACGGUAUUGUCGGUGCUCAGGUACCCGUCGGUGCUGGUCUGGCUUUUGCCCAGCAAUACAACGAGGAGCCCCAGACCAGCAUCGUCCUUUACGGUGACGGUGCCUCCAACCAGGGUCAAGUCUUCGAGGCUUUCAACAUGGCCAAGCUGUGGAACCUCCCUGUCCUAUUUGGUUGUGAGAACAACAAGUACGGUAUGGGUACAUCCGCCGCCCGCUCCUCCGCCCUGACCGAGUACUACAAGCGUGGUCAGUACAUCCCUGGUCUCAAGGUCAACGGCAUGGACGUCUUGGCCACCAAGGCCGCCGUCCAGUACAGCAAGGACUACACUGUCUCUGGCAAGGGUCCCCUUGUCCUCGAGUACGUCACCUACCGUUACGGCGGUCACUCCAUGUCCGACCCUGGUACCACCUACCGUAGCCGUGAGGAGAUCCAGCGCAUGCGUAGCACCAACGACCCUAUCGCCGGACUCAAGCAGAAGAUCCUCGAGUGGGGUGUCACCUCCGAUGAGGAGCUCAAGACCAUUGACAGGGAGGCUCGCGCCGCCGUCGACGCCGAGGUCGUCGAGGCCGAGCAAAUGGAUGCUCCCGACAACACCAACCGUAUCCUCUACGAGGACAUCUACGUCCGUGGAUCCGAGCCCAAGUGGAUGCGUGGCCGUACCGUCGACGAGACUUUCUACUACUAG